UCACUCACCAGUUUUCCUUCUUUCUACCCAUAACAAGUGUUCAUUAUUUACCAUCACAAAAACAUGCAUACAAAACCCUACACCAUGAUCAACCAGAAACAUUUAGACUUGAACUCCAUGAAAGAAUUGCCAGAAUCACAUGCAUGGUUAUCACUAGACGAAUUGCCUUCCUAUAGCUCUUCGACUCCUGAUCAAGUGCCUGUAAUAAACCUCAAAGAUCCAAAUGCCAUGGAACUUGUUGGCCAUGCAUGCAAAACUUGGGGUGUGUUUCAAGUCACCAACCAUGGUGUCCCUACAAAUUUACUUGAACAAAUGGAGGCUGCUGGCAGAAAACUGUUUGCACUUCCUAUGCAGCAAAAGCUUAAAGCGGCUCGUUCUCCUAAUGGCGUUUCAGGCUAUGGUGUAGCGAGGAUAUCCGCCUUUUUUCCCAAACUCAUGUGGUCUGAAGGGUUCACCAUAGUCGGAUCGGCAUAUGAACAUGCGCGUAAACUCUGGCCUAACCGUUACAAUCGAUUCUGUUGUGUGAUUGAAGAGUAUAAAGAAGAGAUGAAUAAAUUAGCUCAAAAACUCAUGUUUUUGAUGUUGGGGUCAUUGGGUGUAACAAUGGAAGAUGUGAAGUGGGCUACAACACAAAGGUCAUGUCCGGCUUUACAAUUAAAUUCAUACCCAGCUUGUCCUGAUCCUGACCGAGCCAUGGGUCUAGCAGCUCACACCGAUUCAACCCUUUUAACCAUACUUCACCAAAACAACACAAGUGGACUCCAGGCUCAUAAGGAAGGAACCGGUUGGGUCACAGUACCACCUAUACCUGGUGCACUUGUGAUCAAUGUGGGAGACCUCCUCCACAUACUAUCCAACGGUUUGUACCCAAGUGUGCUUCACCGUGCCAUGGUGAACCGGACGCAACACCGGUUGUCAGUGGCAUAUCUUUACGGACCACCAUCUAAUGUUCAAAUUUCACCUCUUUCAAAACUAACAGACCAAGUACACCCUCCACUUUACCGAUCGGUAACAUGGAGCGAAUAUCUUGGCACCAAGGCGAAACACUUCAACAAGGCGUUGUCUUCGGUCCGUUUAUGUGCCCCUUUGAACGGAUUUGCGGACACAAACGAUCAUAACGGUGUACGAGUUGGUUGAAUAUGUGUUAGAAACUAUUCUUUGUCAACGUCUAAUGAAAGGAGAGAGUACACAAGCGACUGUUUUUGGGAUUUUGUCUUGAUGUAAGAUAAAUAUCCAUAGAAUCCAUUAAGUAUCAAGGUAAACGACAGUUAGUCCGACAUAUUUGUGCCCCAAAUAAGAAGGAAGAUCCUCCUCCAAAGAAAAGAUCAAUAUGGCAAAAUCAUUGGGUCUAAUACAGCGGGAAAAAGAUGCUUGAAUUUAACCUCAUCAAUAAUUCCAUUUUGAAAACUCCCAAAAAGUGACACAAAACCUCCAAAAUAGAUUAGAUUUCAACUAAGAGCAAGUUGAAACUUAAAGAAUGUGAGGCCAUGGUUGUCUCUUCACAUUUGCCUGUUUCAUAUAUAUUAGCCACAUAAAUUAGGGAUUUUGGCACUGCUUGUAAAGGUCCCACAUGCAUAUGGUCCUUACGAUUAGCCAAUAACAUUAUGUAUCCUCUCUCCUGAAGGGAAAGUGUUAGUUUUUACAGUUUGGUUA